UGCCGCAAAUCCAGGAAGUAUCAAAGGGAAAGCAAUGAUAUAAUCCCAAUGAUAACGCUGAUUUUUAAGUCUUUUUUUACUAAAUAUUAUCACAUAUAUACAUUUUAUUCACUUGUACGUUUUGUCGAAAGGUUACAUUUAGGUUCGAUUAAUUGUCAGGCUAUUAACUUAAUAAGAAACGUACGCAAUGGCAGAUACAUUCAGUCUUCAGAAAGUCUUAGAAACAUUCAGAUCAUGCCUGAGUGAGAAUAAGGAGGUUUAUAUUAAAUAUUAUAUAGAAGGAUGGAAAGAGCUGGUCGUCUUCAUGAAUAGUCUGGGGAGCGUGUUUUCCUUCAUCUCCAAGGAUGUGGUCACCAAGGUUCAGAUCUUAGAGAACUUCCUUAGCAGUGAAAAUGAAUCCCACUACGUCACAGUCCAGUCUAUGGUGAAGUAUGAACUGGAAAAUGAUCUGGUGGACCUGACCAAAAGAGGCAACCACCCUGAAUCAGGUUGCCGUACUCUUCUGAGGCUACAUCGGGCUCUCCGGUGGCUGGAGCUUUUUCUCGACAGCCUACGAACCAGCACGGCGGACAGCAAAACCUCAACCAUGUGCUCUGAUGCCUAUAAUGAGUCUUUGGCUCAUCACCACCCUUGGCUUAUUCGAAAAGCUGUGGGUGUGGCGUUCGUCGCCCUUCCAGGGCGUGACACAUUUUUUGAAGUAAUGAAUGCUGGUGAUCAAGCGCAGGUGGUUGCUCUGUUAGGAGAAUCAUUGCCUCUUAUAUCUGAAGUCUACCAGAUCACAGAAGACUUAUAUGCGAAAAACAACCUUCUGGAGUUACCAUAGAAGCAUGAUGUUUAAGUUACAGAUUUGAUGGACCUAAACAAUAUGUGGAUGAAUGUAUCAAUUUUAGGGUUCAUAAAGGGUUCAACAUUCUUAUUUGUGUAAUAGUUAUACACUACAAUUUCAGUAUUUAAGUUUUGUUCUUCAUGUUUUUUUUUUUUUGUUGGUCAGUUGGGCAUUUAUGUGAUUGUAUUUUAAUAUAUUUAAAUUUAGAGAGCAAUAUAAAUAUGUUUCUUUAUUUAAAUGGGUAGGGAUGUAUGAUAUUAAAAUAAUAAGUGACAGUACAUUAUAUAAGAAUAUAUAUAUAUAUUUAGAUUCAAAUAAUUGUAUGAUGAAAAAGAGCACUUUUAUUUCUGUUUUAUAUUAUCUGAACUUAAAUAUGUUUCUUGCAUCUCCAACUUCACUGAAUCUGCAAAAGAGGAAAAUCCUGAUAUGUUACAAUAUAAUGUAUUGCAAAAAUGAAAUACACCAUUCUGGAAAAACUGU